UUGGUCCAGUUUUGUUUUCAUCUUAUUUGAUUAACUCUUGAGGCUUCUGUUUUCCCUCCCUACUCCUUUCUGUUCUUUUCUUUCUGCUUAAACUCAUCUCUCCUGUUACUCAAGCAAGCCAAGAUUUACCUGUGAUAGGCAAUCUUCUGUGCUUGUUCUUUCUAAUGGACUCUUUUUCCAAGUUGUCGGGUAUACAACAUGAUGUCUUCAUCAGCUUCAGGGGCACAGACACACGUCAUGGUUUCCUUAGCCAUUUGAGAAAGGAACUGCGGCAGAAGCAAAUUGAUGCCUACGUAGAUGACAGACCUGAAAGUGGAGAUCAAAUAUCACCGGCGCUUUUAAGGGCCAUUAAAGAAUCACUCAUUUCAUUGAUCAUAUUUUCAAAGGACUAUGCUUCUUCAAAGUGGUGCUUAGAAGAACUUGUGCAGAUUAUUGAAUGUAUGGAGAAGCAAAAACAGAUUGUAAUUCCCGUUUUCUAUAACACUGACCCCUCAAAUGUGAGACAUCAGAAAGGAUCUUAUGGAGAUGCUUUAUCGAACCAUGGCGAAUGUUAUGAGGAAAGGGUGCCAAUUUGGAGAUCAGCUUUGAAAGAGGCUGCUAAUUUAUCUGGGUUUCAUUCAUCAAAUUAUGAGUAAGCUCUUUCCUUUGAACACUUUUUCCAUUAUGCAAUGAUGCCACUGAAUUUCAGUCUUCUAACUUUCUUAUGGUUAUAGGGAUGAGGCUGAGCUCAUAGAAGAAAUUGCCGAAUCUUUGUCAACAAAGUUGAAUAUAUUGUACCGAAGUGACUUCAC